CCCUGCCGCAUCUCGCCAGCUGGAGCCGCCGCCGCUGCGAUGCUGGGCAGCUGGGAAGGAUGAGCGCCGCUGCCCGCCUGCUGCUCCUGCUGCUGCCGCCCUUCGCCGGCUGCCUCCUGGCCAGCCCCAUCGAAUCGUGUCCUCGAAGCUUGGAUUGCACUCUGCAGCGGCGACAGUUCUGCCCCCCCAAAUCUCACGCCUGUGGCCCCUGCCUCCCACAGUUUGUUGACGAUGGACAUGGCAAAUGCAUUGCAAAGACACAAGUGUCCCACGGCCGCACUGCUGUUCCCAACUUAGACGAAGAAAUCGACUUCGUGGCGGAUGCGCUGUCCAAGCAAGACGAUGCCCAGCUCCGUCUCACCCAGAAUGAAAUCCCAGCUCCUGCAGGCCAGCGCUCCAAUGCCAGUGUGUCAAAGACAGGGUCCUCGCCGAGGGGCCAGGUGGACCGCCCCCCUGGAACACUGCGGCCUCCCACAGAGGGGGUCCAGAGCGCCCCAGUGGAGUCCUUGCACAUCUCUUCGAACGACGCACUCAUCCUCGGGAUGAUAGUCGUGUGUACCGCAGCCGGGAUCGCAGCUCUUGUGGUGGCGGCGGUUUGCUGGUGCAGGCUGCAAAAAGAAAUAAGACUCGCCCAGAAAGCGGAUUACCCAGUUCACAAAGCACCGGGGCCUCCAACGUACGACAAGAUCUCGCCUGGUGACAAAAACUUGGCCCAGAGUGCUCAGAUGUAUCACUAUCAACACCAGAAGCAGCAGAUGCUCUCCAUGGAAAAGAAUAAAGAAGAGCCCAAAGUUCCCGAAUCAGUGUCCUCGGAUGAAGAAAACGAAGAUGGAGAUUUCACAGUAUAUGAAUGCCCUGGCUUGGCUCCAACCGGAGAAAUGGAAGUGAAGAACCCGCUCUUUGACGACUCCUCCUUGCACCCCCCACCACACCCCAACCUGCACCCGUGACCCCGAGCUGAGCCUGUUUUGGACUGGGUCUGCCCAACGCCCGCCCUCAGGAACGCUCCGAAACCGCUCCCCUUGGAAAAGGCAGGGCAGCACCCAGUGCAGCGUGCCCCAAACGUCCGACUGUGGAUCCCUGCCACCCACGACAAAUUAACCUCU